AUGUCAAAUAAGGAACAUGAGGCAAAAGAACGUUUCCGUCCAGGAGACAUUUUUGAAGGAUAUUAUUUCCCAGGAGUUCUAUGUGGUAGAACCUUAUGUUAUUAUAGAGAUGUUGUAAAGCUUCUUCAAAGCUAUAAGAGGAAGGUUCAAAAUAUGGGGAAAGAGAUCAAUUAUAAAAGUCCAGGUACAUUUAAGCUCUUCAGCCAAACAUACAAAGAGAUGAAAUUCAGUGCAGUACAGUUUUGUACAGAAAUUGAGGAGAAAGAUGAAUGCUUUCAGAUUUUGUUAGGUGUAGUAAUACGUCUUUUUAAUAGAAGGCUAGAGCUUGAUUCGACAGAUACCGAUAAUGCUGAACACCAAAAAAGUCAUUUUCCUUGGAAAACUCAUCAAAAAAAGAUGCAAGAAUCUCUAAAUUGUAGAGAAUCUCAAGCUACAUUUGAGAAUCACCCAACUCAAAGAACUAUAGGUAAGGAAGAUAUUUUGGAUUUGAAUGUUAGUAUGAUGAUUAUGGAUAGUCUCCAAGAUACUUCAGAGGAUCAAGACGACAACACUUUUUGUAAUAUUGACCUUGAAGAACUUCACCACAAUGUUACAAUUAUAUAUUUGUUAUUCCUAAUAUUUAAAUCACAAUAUAAAACUGCUUUGGAGGAUGGUCAGGAACAAUCUCAAACUUUUGAGUGUAUGAGAAUUCCUGUUACUAUUGAAACUUUGGAAACUAUUAAAAAGGUAGUUAAAGAUUGUGAUAUAAAAGGAAAUGUCUUCCCUGAAACCAAGCUUAUUGUUAACAAUAUGGUCCGAGAGGGAAUCCUACUUCCUAACUUAUAUGAUGGACCUCAGUAUUACUACCAAGAUAGAUAUGGAAAUCCCUUAAUGCCUGACCCUUUAGAGAAAAGGUUUCUGGAGGCCCAAGAUAUUAUUGAUUCUACAGAAACCUCUCACAGUGAGUCUCAGCAGCAAGACGAAAAGUCAUUUAUGGAUUACCUUCAGAAUCUGAGAAUUCAGAUAGUUCAGAAGAUAGAGGCGAAAAGCCUUCAAAUACAAAAGGAAGAGCAAAAGGAAGAAGCUCAGGCUCUAUUAGAAACUUUUCAGCAGUUAUUAAACGAAUUUGAUGAAAAGUUGUCCGAGUAUGAGCUUUUUAAGUUAAAACAUUUACAUAAGCUCAAUUCUGUGGAUUUGAAGGUCUCAAAGGACAUUUUUUUGGAAGAAAGAGAUGACAAAAAAAAAAGAAAGAUAGACGAUACCCUUUUUAGUCAAUCUGGAUCUGAUAAAGAUUCUAGAGAUAAUGAGACAUCAUUUCCAAGAUUAUUAUUGUCUUUUUCUGGAGACAAGAAAAAUGAAUAUGGCGACUGGAAGGAGCUUUUUAACGAAAAAAAUUCAAACACUGAAGAAGUUAUAGAGGAACAUGAAACAAACCAGGAGGAAAUUACUCAACUUGGAGAAAAAACUCAAAAUAGUAACGCUCUAGAUCAGGAUAAGUCAAUGAUAUCAAAUAACUACUCUGAGACAAAUCAGGAAUCCCACAUUUCAGAUAAUUCACUACUGUCAAUAUUAAACAGAAUAGAGGAAUUAGUAAAUAGGGAAAUUUAA